AUGUCUCCGGUUAAUCCCCCAGGCCCUUUAACGGACCUCGACCAUUCCUCGCAAUCUCAAACUAUACCAAGUUCCCAAAGUCAACCGCUCAAUUACUCAAGUAACGAUUCCCAAGACACUACCGCCUCCAAUGAUACAGAUCGCGUCUUCACCCCACCCGAGAGCGAUAGCGAGGGUAGCAAUAGGAUAGGAAGAAAAAUGCACGACUCGAGUCAAGAGUCUCAGCUUCUACAGCUCUCUCAGCUUGCCGCAGCACAGCAGAGGAUGAGCGAGGUAGAUGGGGCCGCCACGGCUAGUGCUCAAUCAAAAAAGCGAAUGGCCGACGGCGUGGUCAAAAACACGAGAACUAGCUCAAGUGUGUCGCCGGUUCGUCACGGCCAUUCCAGAAAUACUAGCACCGUGAGCUUAACUUCUACCUCUAGUCGCAUCGGAGAGCUGUCGGCUGAACUGAAGACCAAAUUGUCUUAUGCUAUGGUCAAGGUUAACAACGGUUGGCAAGGGCAUUCAAUUGACGAGGUCGAGUCGCUUGCGUCUCAAGUUGCUUCUCCUACCUCGAGCACAUCUACCUUACACGGUAGGUAUGGGACUUCGGCAAGCCCUCGAGUCACGGUUGCACCUACGAGACACAGGGCGUCAAGCAUGGUUACUAGUCCUACAACGCAACAUGCAACCCAAGUUCGCCCAUAUGAUCCGUCAUGGAGGGAGAGCAACAUGAUGAAGUCACCUCCUUCGACGUCACCCAAUAUCCAAGUGCCUGCUUUGGCCCCGCCUGCUCCUAUACAACCGCGACAGCCCGCUCAGGUUCAUCCUCGUCGCAGUUCCAACGCAAGAUUUACUCCAGCUUACCUAUCACAUCCUCAUCACCUUUCUCCUCACAGUCCGGCUCAGCCGAGUCCAUUGCAAGCUACGCCGGGCCAUGGGAAUAUUAGAACACCCAAUGUUGAUCCCGUCCUCUUUUCUCCUCACCAGAACGUCCGGGAGCAGGAGGCGUUGGAGACGCUGAUGUUUAUGAGUAGCCCUGGAAAUUCAGCAAACGUAAAACACGCAUUCCCCUCAUCUCUCCCCUCAUCACAAGGCUCGCAAUCAAUGCAACCAUUACAUCCGCCGCAAACACGCAACGGAGGAAGAACUGCACUUCCUACCUCACGAUUAAGUGCGGGAGCCGAAGUCAGCAGCCAUGGACGCAAGAGUUUACCGACGGCGCGGCCGCAACAUAAUCACGUGCCUCAGGUUAAACGGGUAGGGUUUGAGAAGUCACCGGGCGGUUACGGCGGGAUGGAUAUUGACGAUCCUCAUGUAUCUCCACGGAGCAGAGGUACCCCUCGCCGUCGCACGAACGGUUCGGCUCCGCGGCCGUCUCUGUCUAUCCCUGCUGGCUUGAGUGGACCGUCCCGGCCGAGAACGGCUCUUCGGGGUGACGAUAUAGAACGGAUGCUCGACCGGGUAGCCGCAGAAGACAGCUCCGACUCGGAUGGUGAGAUCCACAUUCCUCAGAACAGAAGGGUGAGUGGUUCUGUGGUCGGAGUUUAA